AUUUUCAGUGACUUGUCAGGCUCAGUCCUGUAGAGGGGGUUCUACUCCAAGGCUCCCUACCCUGUCCGGCUCCCUGCGCAGCCCGGCUCCCCAGUUACAGGCGGCACGCCCUGAAGAUCCCACCUGCCGCUACUUGUGCUCCUCGCUGGCUGCAGAGACCCUUGCUUUUGGUCCCCUCCUAACCCAAGGACAGUGCUUGGUAUUUAGACUCUCAAUAGAUAUUUAUGGGAUAUGCAUGCAACGAAUGAAUGAACCUGUACUACUGCUGGGAGCAGGAACCAAGCUUCAGGGCAGCUCCAUGGCUGUUCUGUCUGACACCCACAGAACUUCCUACCUGCUGCCCCCAGAUUGUGAAGACUGGGGAGAGCAGGGUGCCCCUGCCUUUGUGUAUGGGCAGGAGGAGCUCGUCGUGGGAGGGGUGCAGUGGCCUAGCCGUCCAUCCAGUAUCCUGGAUUCCUGGACACUGUCCCGCUUCGACUCUGCACUCUGCUCAGCCUGGCAGCAACGGAUGGAGCUGGGAUUCUUUCGCUACCUCCUGGGGGAGCUGCAGACUCAAGUCCUUCCUGGUGCUGUGGGUUUUGUGGCUCAGCUGAAUGUGGAGAGAGGUAUGCAGAGAAGGUGCCCCCAAAACAUCAAGAGUGUGAGGCAGGCAUUCGACCCAGAACAGUUUAACUUCAACAAGAUCCGGCCUGGAGAAGUCCUCUUCCAUCUGCACCGGGAGCCUGACUUGCCUGGUGCCCUUCCACAGGAGGACAUCCUGGUGGUGAUCAAUGUCAGCCCACUAGAGUGGGGGCAUGUGCUCUUUGUGCCUGUGCCUGCCCAAGGGCUGCCCCAGCGCCUGCUGCCAGGGGUGCUGCGGGCUGGGUUGGAGGCUGUACUGCUGAGCUCGCACCCAGGCUUCCGAGUGGGCUUCAACAGCCUGGGGGGCUUGGCCUCAGUAAACCACCUCCACCUGCAUGGCUAUUACCUGGCCCACAGGCUGCCUGUGGAGGGGGCGCCCAGCCAGCCCCUGGACCCAGGGGGUCAUUUGCACCUGCUGCAGACCUUGCCUGCUCCUGGUUUCCUCUUUUACGUCAGCGGGCCCGGGCCUGACUUGGAAGCUGUGAUUAGGAGGGUCUGUCGGGCCACUGACUAUCUGGCUGACCAGGAGAUUGCACAUAACUUAUUUGUGACACGGGGAGCCCCACCUGGAAGGGCAUCGCCUUGCUCAGCCCUUGCAGGGGUCCGAGUGAUCCUGUGGGCCCGGAAGUCCAGUUUUGGAAUAAAGGAGGGUGAGGCUUUCAAUGUCGCCCUCUGUGAGCUGGCUGGGCACCUUCCAGUCAAAACAGCCCAGGACUUCAGCAGCCUGACAGAGGCAACCGCUGUGGCCCUCAUUCAGGACUGCCUGCUGCCCCCCGCCCAGGCUACAGCCGUACAGACAGCACUAGUGGCCCUGAUGGCCCAGGAAGAGCCAUAGUCCCAGAGCUAUGUCUUUACUAGCUGGUCUGCAUCCCUCUCCAGAGGGCUGCUCAUCAUCUUGUGGUCACUUGCGCAUUUAUUUUCAUGGCUGCCUUCCCGUGUCUCUAGGACUAAAGGGAAAGACGAAGAAAGAACUGAUAACUGCCCUGUGAUCCCAGCACUCUGGGAGGCUGAGGCAGGAAAAUGGCAAGUUUGACUCUAGCUUAGGCAGCUUAGUGACUAAAUGAGACUGUCUCAAACCAACAAAAAAAAAGAACAGGUAACUUGUCCCUGUGAAAGGGUGAAACUUUGGAAUAAAUCUGACGAAUGUGCUCUCA